GGUCCUACUACCUGACCACCACCUACGGGGCCCUGGAGCACAUCAAGAACUACGACAAGAUCACGGUGACCCGGCAGCUGAGCAUGGAGGUGCAGGACUCCAUCCACCGCUGGGAGCGCCGGCGCACGCUCAACAAGGCCCGGGCCUCGCGCUCCUCCGUGCAGGACUUCAUCUGCGUGUCGUACCUGGAGCCCGAUCACCAGUCGCGGACGCUGGCGUCGCGGGCCGACACGCCGGCCGAGGCGCUGUGCGCGCAGUGCGCCGACAAGUUCGAGGUGCCGCGGCCCCAGGAGCACCGGCUGUUCGUGCUGGUGGACGGGCGCUGCUUCCAGUUGGCCGACGAGGCGCUGCCGCACCGCAUCAAGGGCUACCUGCUGCGGAGCGAGCCCAAGCGCGACUUCCACUUCGUGUACCGGCCCCUGGACGGCGGCGGGGGCAGCGGGGGCCCGCCCUGCCUCGUGGUGCGGGAGCCCAACUUCCUGUGAGGCCCGGGCGCCCCCCGGCCCCUCGGGGGGCCGCAUGUCAAGACUGGCCGGCGCGGGAAGCCGAGAAGCGGGCCGACGGGGCUCCCGCUCCUCACCCCCCCCCCCCCGCCAGUGCAAGCCUGCAGGAGCCCCCCAUCUGAGCGCGCGCGCGCACACACACACACUCCCAAGGUGGGUGGGAUGGAGGGGAUGCCCCCGUGUCACACUUGCUUGCAACAUCCUGAGUGUGCCUAGGCCAAGCGGGCAGAGCAAUCAGGGCAGAACAAUCGAGAAGAGAAUAUGAAGCAUGCAGGCCCAGCGUCCUUCAUGAAGGAGAGUGAGAGCACCCAGAGGCCAAGUUCUUCGUUAGACAGAAAGGGAAAUGAGGCUCAGAGAGGGAAGGGACUCUUCCACCAGCUGCAGCAAACAGAGCCCCGGCCUGGCCCCUGUUCCCUCACAGCCCUGCAGGCCGGUCCUUCUGCCCCACCCCCCUGCCCCCCACUCCUCCCUGUUUCACGGGAAGGGCUCCUUUCCCCAGGACUGCCCUUCGGAGGAGCGGCCUGGCCACAGCUGCCCACACCCCUCCCGCCAUGGAGCUGGGGUGUUUUGGGCCCUCCCAGCAUCUCAGGAGCAUCUCAGGGUGUGUAUUGAGGAGACAAGCCCCCCCAUCCCGACAGGGGAGACUGCCCUCAGCUACCAGUGCCCACAAUCAUCCACCCUCCCCCGCAGUUUCUGAGCCCCUCCUACACCAGGACCACCCAGCAAGGCCAGCUCCGCACCUGCAUGGACAAGCCCAGCCCCAGCCACCGGAGAACACUGACGGAGCCCUCUCUCUGGUGGACACACCCCGGGGCUGUGCCAAUGGGACAAGAGACGCUGUGUGGGGAGAAUUUAAUAAA